AUGAACAAUCUAAAUUACAAAUUGCAUGUUAUAUUAGUUCUUAUCAUUUUAACUUUGUUUUUUGAUUACCAAUUUGCAGGUCAUACAAAAAACAUAUUACUCAAAUAUAUGGAUGAGAAUAUUUCAAAUCCAAUUAUAUUAAUUCCUGGUCUAGGAGGAGCUCAAGCUUAUUGUCAAUUAAAACAAUCAAAAUCUAAUGAAUUCCCAAUAUGGCUUAAUCUAUUUUAUAUGAUGAUUCCGGAAAAAUUACGACAUUAUUUCGGUUUAUAUCUUAAUCCGAUUACAUUGAAUAGUGAAAAUACUGACACAUACGAAUGGUUUUCGUUUUUUAAUUAUUUUGGACGCCUUGUGAAUUCUUUGUUACAGAAUAAAUUUUUCAUUAAAAACUUUACACUUCGUGGUGCUCCAUAUGAUUUUCGUAGAUUAACAUAUGAAAAUACCGAUUUUAUGAAUAAAUUAAAAUUAUUGGUUGAAGAGACCUACACAAAUGCUAAUCGACGACCGGUGGUUUUACUUGGUCAUAGUAUGGGUUCACUGUAUACGCUAAAUUUUCUUAAUAAACAAACAAAAUCAUGGAAAAAGAAAUAUAUAAAAUCAUAUAUAUCAGUGUCUGCACCAUUUGGUGGAGCUGUCAAAGCGUUGUUAAGCGUGAUAACUGGCGAUAAUUUCGGUAUAUUUUAUCGUAAACCAUUGAGUUUUCGACCUAUUCUACGAUCAUUCUCUUCUGUUAUAUCCAAUAUACCUGAUCCAAGAAUAUGGUCUAGUAAUAAUGUAUUAAUUACUACUCCAGAUAAAAAUUAUACAGCACAUGAUUAUUCAGCACUUUUUCAAGAUAUAGGUUUUCCAGUAGAUUUCACUUCUACUACUGACAAAUUCAGUUGUUCAUCAACUUUACUGUCAAUAUUCUUCAUAUUUUCUUUAGGGCGCAUUUUCUCACAAACUAUUUCAUCCUACCCUGUCCUCAUAUUAAAUUAUACAUGUGGGCUUGUCAAAGAUAUUUAUGAUAAGGGUGUUCAGGUAGUAAAGUCUAACUAAUAGCAUUCAGAGGAGGCUAUGGAAAUAGCUUUAUCUGUUCAUAUCAGCAAGAUCGAUUAUUUAGUACUUUUUCUCCAAGAACAUACGGCUUGAAGAACACCCUCACUUCUAAAAAUCGUUAUUUCUCAUGCAAAAGAUAGGAUAAACUUGUGAAAUCUCCUUCGACAAUAUGAAAUAUCUGAGAAUAUCGUCACCAUCGUGCAAAGCUCGCACAAGGGACUACACAAUAUCCAAAGGUCAGAAAUCAGCAAAUAUCAUCUACCAGAUGAUGAAAAAAUUAGGACAAGAUUCUGGAAAUGAAUAGAACAGAUUUUAUGGAAAGUAUAGAACUGCAUAACAGACUAAGUCUUAACUUGGAAUCCUCAAGAGAUAUGUUGUCAGGAUCUAGAGGCAGAUAUCGAAAUUAUGAGCAGCACUUAGCAACGACUGAAAGAACAGUCCAGGACAGAGUUCGCCAACGAUCCUCGGUUAAGGGUCUUUCCCUCAAGAGGGGUAACAGCUUUCAGUGAUUAGUGUCGUUACAGUACUAAACAAGGAAUUGAACCAAUCCUGAAAUUCUGCCUGAUUGCACGCAGCUCCCCU